UGGAGUAACUGACGUGGCAGACAGGAUUUAUAGAAGGGCAGAAAACUGAGUUGUUCAGUGGAGCUGAAUCCUUGGAGAAAGCGCUCAGUGUCCCUUUGCACCAUGCUGCUGCUCCUGGCCAUUCUGGGGCUGUUUCAGGCGACGUCCUGCUACAAGAUCAACUUGGAGAAGCCGCCAGGACUGGCCCGAGGCAGAGUGGAGACCUGCGGAGGAUGACAGUUAUCUGUCCUGACAGAGGUAAAGGCUUUUGUUGAGGAAGACCUGCCUCUUUAUCAUAACCUGGCAUUGACCUACUUCCCGGGAGUGGAUCCUGAACUCGUCCUCAUGAACUACGCUUACCAGGAGCUAGCUCGAGUUGACCUUAUGCCAAUGACCAGGAAAGAGAUCAAUGAGUUACUAUUGAAAUUGGGAUUUUACAAGAAGGAAAGCCCAGAUGCCCAAGUGCCAACUGAUUUCUACUAUGCACCGAUGAUAGGCAGACCCAUGAGGCAGUUUGACCCCCAUGCAGGAAAACCUGUUCAGGCCGAGGCUGAAGAUUUGGCGGAGUCAGACGAGUUGAAGCAAGAUCUAUAGACAAAUGGUUGAAGUGUAAUCUCUAUGGCCCCUAAUUGAAGGGGAAGGAAAUAACCCAUAAAUGGAUUGUAAACCUGACUGGUUUUGUCUCAGUUUUAAGCCUGGAUUUCCCUGUAAUUACAUUGCUGCUCGUUAACCAUCCAUCUGUUAAUUAUCAACAUUUUUUUUUUAUUUAACUCCCUGGUAACUGUGAGGGCAAAACGCUAUUGACUGACUAGUGAACAAAUAGAUGGGAUCUGUUGGCAGGUGGGUGUGGGAGUAAUAGAAAUAAGAUCUCCCUAACUAAUAAGUCCACUAUAUGGUUAACAUCUGAGGCCCAUUGGGUCUGUUGUAACCUGAAUCUCACAAAUUGCCUCCUACUGUCUCUUGUAUGAGAUAUGUUCGAAAAUAAAAGGUAUGUUGAUGAUAAACAGAACUGGUCUAGCUAGAGCAGGUCAGAUUAAGGAACUGCGGUCAGCUGACAUCAACAGCAUCCUCACAAGAGGGAGAGCUGAUCGGUCCAAAGAGGUCCAGUUGAAGGACUCCAUGCACCACGUGAUUGGGUCUUGGGCCCAGUUAUUGACAAUUAAAAGCCACACAGUGGUUCAAACUCGUGGCUCAAUUGGUAAAUGUGUUACUCAGUGCAGUGCUGAGCCAUACGGACCAGCAAGUUACCAAGUUCCAUCCCUGGUCUGUGCUGACUUUGCUGAUGGCAGGCAGGGUAGAGUGGUUGGUAGCCUCAGUGUCUCUGGUUUAGUUUGGCUUCCUGCUCCUGGCCACUAUCCUGGUAUAUCUUCAUGUCUGUCCAUCAGGUUAGGACAGGAGAACAUUAGACUGUGAUGCACUGCUUGCUUGUAUAAUCACUAGAUACUUACUGACUAAGCUCACACAUGAAGAAUGGCCACUGGGGAUGGGCGGGGGACAGAUAAUCAAACUAUACCUCAGCAAAAGUGACUGGCUCCGGGAAAAGGUGUGGAGAAAUCUUGGCUAGAAAAUUAAAGUCAGGAUACCUUAAUAAGGGUUUGUCGAUUAGACCCACACAGUAAUGUAAAGGUUUACUUUCUUUUUGUGAGAUGUUUGAUUCUAUUUUCCACUUUUGUUCAAGUGUUUUUCCCCAUAUACCAGGCCUAAUGCCAGCAGCUAUUUCUCUACAUGCAGCCAGCACAGGGUGUGAUGGAAACUGAUUUUUUUUUGUCAUCAGAUAUUUGUUCCUUAUGGCCUCUUCCUAUCCAGACACACACCCCCACCACCACACGCACACCAUGAUCCCAGCAGUUCCUCAGCUGUGAAUGUAGAAGAAUUGGGCUGUCAGCAGGUUUAGUGGCUGACUGACGUCUGCACUCAUCUCAGCUGGAAGCAAAGUGCAUUUAAAAAUUACAUCAUCUCUGGCUAUUGAUAAACUUACUGGAGAUGUGUCUACUGCACAUCUCUUUGUUCCCAGUGACUAUUGAGGUGGGUGGGCCACACUGAACACAGGAGUGUGGCAUCAUUUCAAUUACUCACCAGGCCAGCAGGCAUGUUUUAUAUUAUCUCCACUGUUGGCACACUUGCUCUUAUACCAGAGGCAGUGAUGGAAAGCAGCUUGUGUGGUCGUGCUGGCUCUGCCGCUGGGUUUUGAACUUCCUUUAUGGGGAGGGAAAUGGAAAAGUUUAAAGAAAACAGUAACCUCAUGUUAUCAAAUUUAGCUCAAUGCCUCUUGCUGAAAUGCUAACAAGAGGUAAUAGAGCCACCAUGUUGCAUGUUGCUGUCAGCUGACUUCUGCAUCUGCCAUUCCAAACAUUCUCACUGGACAUAUCCAUCAUUGUGUAUUUUGGGAAAAAUUAGUACAAUUAAUUUUUAGUAUUUGUACCAUCAUAAAUGGAAGCAUUUUUGAAUCAAAUGCAACAUGUUCAGACCUUCAGAGUUCACUCUGAAGCUGCCCAGAUCAAGAAAGUUAAAGCAGAUGAGCAUCUCAGGCUGGGCAGGUGAUUUUUGCACAUGAGCACCUCGAGCCUCGGCAGGAAUUCAAAUGAAGCACUCAGCUGAAAGGUAACCAGGCUGAGAGCGGAGGUGAAACAUUCCUGGAGGCAGAGGGCACUUGUGCUGGAAGAACCUGCUAGUCUCAUUGUUGUUUGACGUUGUUUUCAUCUCCUGGAUUACAAUAAAAUUCAACAGUUAAUAAUG